UUACCGGCUUCGGAGGAGGGUUUUGGAUUGUCAUGAUUAUCAGCUUGAAAUCUGUUUGAAAGACUCAAAUCUACAUUUCUUACUUCGUACAUCUUCAGUAUUCUCAGUAUCCAACCUAAACCAUCUUCAUUUCCCGUCUUCUAAUCUUUACGCCCAUCUCGCCAAUUACCCCACCAUGACAACCUCCCACAGUCUCAAAGCGGUUGCACCACCAGCAACCCCCCUCACCGCGGCCCUCACCACCCGCCUCGCCUCCCUCCUCCCCUCCUCCUCCUCAAACUCCAGGGACAGCCUCCGCACCUCCGUCCUCCCCUCCCUCCUCACUGCCAUCGCCGCCACCUCCACUGCCCUCCGCGCCGCCCAACACGUCUCCCUCGCCGGCUCGUCCAACUCCUUCGGCGACGACCAGCUCAACGUCGACGUGCUCGCCGAAGAAGCCAUCCGGCUCUGCCUCGCACAAUGCCCCUCCGUCGUCACCGCCUCCAGCGAAGAGGACCCCGUGGAGAAACCCGUUCAGCACACCGGCCUUCCGUUCCAGGUCGUCGAGGCCGAGCAGGAUCGCACCCACGGCGAGGUCUACACGGUCGCGUUUGACCCGCUUGAUGGGUCCUCUAUUAUUGCGCCGAAUUGGACGGUGGGAACGAUUUUCUCGCUGUGGGAUGGGACGUCAGCGCUGGGUGCUAGUCCGCGGGAGAAGCAGAUUGGUGCGGUGUUGGGGGUUUAUGGACCGAGGACUACGGCGGUGGUUGCGUUGAGGUUCCCGGGGGAGGAGAGGGGGGUUUGUUUUGAGGUUGGACUGUCGGAUUCAAGCGAGGCAGGGAAGGGUCAGGAAUGGGAUCUCAUCCGCUCUUCCGUCGCUUACGCCCCGCCGCCUUUUAAGACACGGUACUUUGCGCCUGCGAAUCUGCGCUCGACUAACACGCACGCGGCGUAUGCUAAGCUGGUGUCGCACUAUAUGGCAGAGAACUACACGCUGAGGUACUGCGGUGGGUUGGUGCCGGAUGUGGUGCAUGCGCUGGUCAAGGGGCACGGAGUGUAUCUGAGCCCGGUGACGGAGACUAGCAAGGCGAAGUUGAGGAGGUUGUAUGAGCUGUUCCCGCUGGCGCUGGUGGUGGAGUGCUGUGGUGGACGGGCGGUAGACCCGGUGAGUGGGGAGGAUAUCUUGGGGGAGAAGGGGGUGGAGGGGUGUGAUGAGCGUGGUGGGGUUGUGUGCGGGACAGCGGAGGAGGUUGAGUAUGCUAGGGAGGUGUUGUGCGGUCAGGAUUGAGCGGUGGGGCUUUGUAUGGAUUUUAUGACCAAGGGAUGCAUGUUGAUGCUACAAUGUUGUGUUUGUCAUGAGGAUUAUAGAGGUUCGGUGUUCACUUUAUCAAGAUACCGGUAUAGCUUAUAGAGACAAGAGUUUAGACAAUAGAUGACUAGAAAGACGUGGUACAGUUACACAAUUGAGAGGCAAGACAAUACACGGAUGGAGUCUUUCAAGGCAAA